AUGUUCAAAUUCGCCAUCUACUACUUAUUGGAUAAAACACUUAAAGUGGAAAGUACGCCGCUCAUUCUUGGUAGCGACCAGUACACCCAAGUGGCAUCCAUGCCGGACCUUGAUGACGACGCGAACUGGAUUGAAAUAAAAUGGCCCACGAGAAAAGAACCAAACAGGACGGUGCCUGCUAAAGUGCUGUUAUUUGGAGAUUCCUACAAAGAACUUGUGUCGAAGAAGAAUUUCUUCCUUCUCGGUAAAGAUAUCUGGGCCGAGGAGGAAAGCAGGGGUGUGCGCAUGAAAAAGAAAAUGUGUGAGACCGACGUAGUGAAGCCUAAAACGGCCAUACAGGCAAAGCAAACCAGGAUUAAAGAGGCAGCCAGGGACCAGGUGUUACAAAACCUGAAGACUUCCCUGUCUCAGAAGAGGGCCCUGGACACACAAGAUCACCUCUACAGUUCUGAGAAAGAAUCUCCACAACGUGUUCAUGGGGGAAAGCGAGCAAAGAUUAACAAGGCAGCAAGAUGUGUGCUUUUACCCCUGGCAUCCAGUCCAAGUUCUGAUGAUGCCACAUUCAUAGGAAGUCCACAAUGGCAUGACAUUUUUCAAGACCAUGCCUCAGAUGAAGAGUUGGGUUUCUCCUCAGCCCAGAGAAUGGCAAAUCAGUCAGUCAGCAUGACAGCUUGA